AUGGCUUCCCCUUCCAAUAAGCCUCAUGCAGUUUGUCUUCCUUUGCCAGCUCAAAGCCAUAUAAAGGCAAUGCUCAAAUUAGCAAAACUUCUCCGCCAUAGAGGCUUUCACAUAACCUUUGUCAACACAGAGUUCAACCACAGGCGAUUUCUUAAAUCCCUUGGACCUAAUUCCCUUGAUGGCCUGCCUGAUUUUCAAUUCGAAACCAUUCCAGACGGCCAUCCAGAAUCAGAUGAAGAUGCCACCCAAGACUCCACUUUGCUUUGUGAGUCGUUUAGAAAUUUCUUGCUCUUGGCUCUGUUUCUUGAGCUCCUCGUAAAACUCAAUGAGACGGCAAGUAGUGUUCCUCCGGUGACUUGCAUAGUUUCAGACGGUUUCUUGUCCAUGUUCACAAUCACAGCAGCUGAAGAACUUGGAAUCCCUAUCACACUGUUUUACACUGUUGCUGCAAGCAGCUUCAUGGGCUUUAAACAGUAUCGCACUUUGAUGGAAAAAGGACUUGCCCCACCCAAAGAUGAGAGCUGUUUGAAAAAUGGGUAUUUGGACAAGGUCAUAGAUGGGAGUCCAGGGAUGAAAGAUAUUCGUCUAAGGGAUUUUCCAACCUUCAUCCAAACUACAAAUCAUGAUGACGUGUUGUUCAACUACUGCAUGGAAGCAACAGAUAAAGUUGAUAAAGCUUCAGCAGUUGUGCAUCUGAAAUUCGAAAUGGCUGGAUCUGGAAGCUCAGAGGCUAGAAUGCCCAUUUUCUCAGGUGAGAACUAUGAAUUUUGGAGGAUUAAGCUGGUAACCAUAUUCAAAUCAUAUGGUUUAUGGAGUUUGGUAGAGAAGGGGUUUUCAAUCCCAAAUUCAAAGAAGAAGAAGGAGUCUGAGGAUAUUUCAGACGAAGAGGUUGAUGAGAAAACAGCUGCGAUUCUCAUGAAGGAUGCGAAAGCAUUGGGUAUCAUUCAAAAUGCGUUUCUGAUCACAUUUUUCCACAGAUCGCAAAUGCAGAUUCUGCGAAGAUGGCUUGGGAAUUGCUAUAUGCUGAAUAUCAUGGUGGAGAGCAUGUCAGAUCGACUAACUGAAUUGAUUAACCAAAUGAAAACAUUUGGUGAAGUUCUGUCAAAUGAGAGGCAGGUUCAGAAGGUUUUAAUUAGUCUUAGUAAGAAGUAUGACCCUAUAUGCAUUGUGAUUGAAAACACAAAGACACUAGAAACUGUGGAGUUGCAGGAAGUGAUUGCCAUUUUGAAGAGUCAGGAGCAAAGGCUUGAAAUGCAUAGUGUUGAUACAGUUGAGAAGGCAUUUGCCACAUUCACUGUGAAUCCUAAAGGGAAGUCAUGGGAGGCAAAAGACAAGUCACAGCAGAAUAAUUAUUCUGCACAGAACCACACUCCAACACAGUUCUCAAACCAGGAAAAUACAAAGCCUCAAUGCAAGGUGUGUUCAAAGCAUCAUUUUGGUGAGUGCAGGUAUAAGGGAAAACCAAAAUGCUAUAACUGUGACAAAUUUGGACAUCUUGCUAGAGACUAUACAGUGAACAAGAAUGUGCAGAAGGCUAAUUGUGUAAAUCAAAUGGAGGAGACAGGGAACUUGUUUUAUGCAAAUUGCACAACCACUGAGACCAAAACCAGUGGAGAGUGGUAUGUUGAUAGUGGCUGCAGUAACCAUAUGACAGGAAACUUAGAGUUGCUGGUUGAUGUGAGAACUAAUGUGGCUGGGAAAGUACAUAUGCCAACUGGUGCACUUGUGAAUGUAGCUGGUAUUGGCUCACUGAGGAUUGAUAUAGUAAAGGGCAGAAAAUACAUCAGAGAAGUAAUGUAUCUGCCAGGAUUGAAAGAAAAUCUGCUAAGUGUUGGGCAGAUGGAUGAGCAUGGGUACUGUCUGGUGUUUGGAGAAGGGAUGUGCAGGGUAUUUGAUAGUCCAUCCAUGGAUUAUCUCAUCAUCAAAGAAUGUUUUCCAAAAGAACAAGCUCAAAGAGCAAGCAAAGCACUCGAGCUAGUACAUGUAGAUCUCUGUGGUCCCAUGAGAAACGAAUCUGUUGCAAGGAACAGAUACUUUAUGCUGAUUAUAGACGAUUUCACAAGGAUGAUUUGGGUAUACUUCUUGAGAAACAAGUCAGAAGCCUUCUGUUGUUUCAAGAAGUUCAAGUCCAUGACUAAAUUACAAACUGGACACAAGGUGCAAUGCAUAAGAAGUGACAGAGGUGGAGAGUUUCUGUCUACUGAAUUUGUGGAGUUUUGUGAAGCUCAUGGUAUUCAAAGGCAGCUUACAAUGGCCUAUACUCCUCAGCAGAAUGGAGUAGUUGAGAGGAAGAAUAGGACUGUCAUUGAGAUGGCAAAAUCAAUGUUACAUGAGAAGGGAAUGCCUUAUUUUCUAGGGAAAGCUGUGCAUACAUCUGUCUAUUUGCUGAACAGAUGUCCUACCAAAGCUCUGCACAACAUUACUCCAUUCGAAGCAUAUAGUGGAAGGAAGCCUAGAAUUGCACAUCUGAAAGUGUUUGGUUCUCUAUGUUAUGUUCAUGUGCCAGCUGAAUUGAGACACAAGCUGGAUCCUAAGAGCACAAAGGGAGUGGAUGUGACAUUUGAUGAAGAAGGUGCUUGGCAUUGGACAGACAACAAUGGUUCAGUUAUGACACCAUACACAAUUGAAAACCAAGUAGACUUGGACUUGCAAUCUGACAAGUCUAAUGGGAACUCUACUGGUACACCCCAAACUUUGGAUAUGCAGGAGAGAACUUCAUCAACUCCAUGUGAUAUAAGCAGUGAAGAAAGGAGAACUCAAGCUUAUGAUCACACUCCUUUAAAAUGGAGAAAGCUUGAUGAUGUUCUGGCUCAGUGUAACCUGUGUAUCAUGGAACCAGAAAAAUAUGCUGAUGCUGCUCAGGAUGAAUCUUGGCUUAAGGCUAUGAAAGAUGAAUUGCAGAUGAUUGAAAAGAAUGGAACAUGGGAAUUGGUGGACAGACCAACUGAAAAACUAGUGAUUGGAGUUAAGUGGAAACUGUACCAACUUGAUGUGAAAUCUGCCUUCCUUAAUGGUGUGCUACAAGAGGAAGUCUACGUCAAUCAACCUGAAGGUUUUGUAAUUAAAGGCAAAGAAGACAAAGUUUAUCGUCUACAUAAAGCUCUCUAUGGUCUGAAGCAAGCACCAAGGGCUUGGUAUGGAGAGAUAGACAGCUAUUUCACUCACUGUGGUUUCAAGAAAAGUCUAAGUGAAGCAACCUUGUACACCAAGGAAAGGGGAGAUAAGGAUAUUCUAAUUGUCUCUAUCUAUGUAGAUGACAUUGUCUACACAGGGAGCAAUAAGGAAUUGCUAGAUGAAUUUAAGGAAGAUAUGAUGACUAAAUAUGAGAUGACAGAUUUAGGUCUCUUGCAUCAUUUUCUUGGCAUGGGAGUUAUUCAAACUGAGUCUAGUAUAUUUCUACAUCAAAAGAAGUAUGCUAGCACCUUGUUGAACAAAUUUGGCUUGACUGAAUGCAAAUCUGUAACCACACCUCUUGUUGCCACUGAGAAACUAGCUAAGGAUGAUGGAAGUGGAGCUGCAAAUGAAGAGCAAUACAGGAGCAUUGUAGGUAGUCUCUUGUACCUAACUGCUACUAGACCAGAUAUUAUGUAUGCCUCAAGUCUGCUUGCUCAGUUCAUGCAUUGCCCCACAAAUAGGCACUAUGGAACAGCUAAAAAAGUCUUGAGAUACAUCAAAGGAACUCUAGACUAUGGUCUAGAAUAUGUGAAAGGCAAGAGAUCAAUACUAAUUGGUUACUGUGACAGUGAUUGGGGAGGUUCAGUUGGAGAUAGCAAAAGCACAUCAGGGUAUGCUUUUACCUUUGGCAGUGGAGUGUUUUCUUGGGCUUCAGUCAAACAGAACUGUGUAGCAUUGUCCACUGCAGAAGCUGAGUACAUCAGUGCAGCUGAAGCUACUACACAGGCUAUUUGGUUACGUUUUGUGCUAGAGGACUUUGGAGAGCUACAAACUGAAGCUACCUCAUUGCAUUGUGACAACAUCUCAACAAUUGCAAUCACUAAGAACCCUGUGUUUCACCAGAAGACUAAGCACAUUGAUAGAAGAUACCAUUUCAUCAAGGAUGCUUUGCAAGAAGGAGUUAUUAAUCUGGAAUAUUGUCCCACGAAUGAGCAACUGGCUGACAUAUUCACCAAACCUUUGGCCAAAGAUAGAUUCAAUUAUCUCAGAGAGAUGCUUGGAGUGAAAUCAGCUCAAGACUUAAAGGGGAGUGUUGAAUUAUAA